AUGUAUUAUAAAUACUUAGUUAUUAUUAUUAUUUUAUUUUUAUUGGGGAGUUGGGGUAUAAUUUUAAAUAGAGGACAUUUUAUUAUUAUGCUUGUUUCUAUUGAAUUAGUUUUAUUAUCAACUUUUUUUUUUUUUUUAAUAAGCUCUAAAGAAAUAGAUCUUUUAAUAGAACAAAUUUUUAUGAUUAUGGGAUUAACUAUUGCUGCGGCAGAAUCUUCAAUUGGUUUAGCUAUUUUAGUUGCAUAUUAUAGAAUUCGAGGAACAAUUGUUUUAAAAUCUUUUAGUUCUUUGCGAGGAUAA